AUGUCUGGUCCCCCAACAACCGCAUCGGAGACGCCCGCGGGCGCCGCCGCCAUGGACUUCAUGACGCUGAACAAGAAGUACGCCGAGGAGAAGGAGAAGCGCCAGAGGCCGGACGGCAACAAGCAAUACGUCGACAUGGAGGCGGACGCGCGGUUCAGCAAGCUCGCCCGGGACCCCUGGGCCGACCACGAGAAGCUCAACGCGCACCCGGCCAACCUCCGGGACGGCGACGAGGUCAAGGUCGUCGUCCUGGGCGCCGGCUACGGCGGCCUGCUCUACGCCAUCCGCCUCGUCCAGGCCGGCUUCCGCGCCGAGGACAUCCGCCUCGUCGACGCCGCCGGCGGCUUCGGCGGCACCUGGUACUGGAACCGCUACCCCGGUCUCAUGUGCGACGUCGAGAGCUACAUCUACAUGCCGCUGCUCGAGGAGACGGGCUACGUGCCGAGGCACAGGUACUCGUACGGCCACGAGCUGCUCGCGCACGCGAACCGCCUGGCCGAGACGUGGGGCCUGGCCGACAAGGGCGUCUUCCGCUCGCGGAUCAAGAGCUACGAGUGGGACGAGGACGCGCGGCGGUGGUCGGUGGCCAUCGAGCAGGGCCGCGGCCCCAACGAGGCGCCCGUGACGAUGACGGUGCGGUCGCAGUUCGUCGUCGUCGCGAACGGCGUCCUGAACCACCCCAAGGUGGCCAAGAACCUCGAGGCCUUCGAGGGCGCCAUGUUCCACACCGCGCGGUGGGACUACGGCGUCACCGGCGGCAGCCCCGACGACCUCGAGAACGUACAGCUCACGGGCCUGCAGGGGAAGCGGGUCGGCAUCAUCGGCACGGGCGCCACGGCCAUCCAGCUCGUGCCCCAGCUCGCCAAGUGGGCGAAGGAGCUCUACGUCUUCCAGCGGACGCCCUCGUCGGUGGACGAGCGGGGCCAGCGGCCGACAGACCCGGAGGAGUGGAAGAAGAGUAUCGCCAGCGGCGGCCCCGGCUGGCAGAGCCGCCGCACCCAGAACUUCAACGUCUUCAUCACCGGCGGCGAGGCGGACGAGGACCUGGUCGCGGACGGCUGGACGACGAUCAAGACGUACAAGGCCCUCAUCGGCAGCCCCCAAGACAAGCCCCUCGGCAUGGCGGACAUCCCGGGCCACAUCGGCAACCUGCUCGCCCUGGACGUGCCCCGGUCCGAACGGAUCCGGCGGCGCGUAGACGAGAUCGUCAAGGACAAGGCGACGGCCGAGUCGCUCAAGCCGUGGUACCCGAGCUGGUGCAAGCGGCCGACGUUCCACGACGACUACCUGCCGGCGUUCAACCUGCCCAACGUCCACCUGGUCGACACCAACGGCAAGGGCGUGGACAGGGCGACCGGGACGUCCCUCGUCGUCGGCGACGCAGACUACCCGCUCGACGUCGUCGUGCUGAGCACGGGGUACAGGCCGGUCGGCGAGAACCUGGUCGAGCCUUCGAGCCGGUCCAACAUGACCAUCCGGGGCCGUGGGGGGCUCCUCAUGUCCGACAAGUGGUUCGGCGAGGGGCCGUCGACGUUGCACGGCGUGCUCACCAGCGGCUUCCCGAACCUCUUCCUCGCCGGCCCGCUGCAGACCGGCGCAUCGGUCAACUUCGCCUACGUGCAGGACGUGCUCUCGCAGCACUGCGCGUACAUCCUGGCCGAGGCGAUGAAGCGGGCCGGCAAGAGCACCGACAAGGUCGUCGUCGAGUCCACCGUCGAGGCCGAGGAGGCCUACGCGGGGCUCAUCAUGCAGUACGCGGCCUGGUUCUCCGCCAUGAGCGUCUGCACGCCGGGGUACCUGAACAACGAAGGGCACCAGGCGCCGCCGGAAGAGCAGAUGAAGAUGGCCAAGGGCGCGCCGUUCCCUCUCGGGAUGAAUGCCUGGGCGGAGUUCCUGAAGGAGUGGCGUGCCGAGGGUUCGAUGAAGGGUGUGAAUGUUACUACCGCAUGA